AAUCAAAAUUUAUUAGUCGAUGGAAGAAGGACCAGACCCGACAGAGCUUCGGCGCAUGUUUCAGAUGUUCGAUAAGAACGGAGACGGCCAGAUCACAAAAAAAGAGCUUCACGAUUCGCUAGUAAAUUUGGGAAUUUUUAUCGAGGAUAAAGAAUUAAAUCAGAUGGUGGAUAAGAUCGAUGUGAACGGAGACGGUUUCGUAGACAUCGAAGAAUUCGGAGCGUUGUAUCAGACGAUAAUGGACGAGAGGGAUGAGGAAGAGGACAUGAAAGAGGCAUUUAACGUGUUCGAUCAAAACGGAGACGGAUUCAUCACGGUGGAGGAGUUGAGAUCGGUUCUAUCAUCGUUGGGGUUGAAGCAAGGGAGAACCAUCGAAGACUGCAGGAAAAUGAUAAUGAAAGUGGACGUGGAUGGAGAUGGAAUGGUUAAUUUCAAGGAAUUCAAGCAAAUGAUGAAAGGUGGUGGAUUUGCAGCAUUAAGUUUAAGUUGAUAGGUUGGGGGAAA